AUGGGGAUUCCUUCUAUGGUUUCACCAUUUGAAGCCGAGCCACAGGACGAAACAUUUAAAAGUGAUAAUCCAUCUACUAUUCUGUUUACUCCAUUGCUUCAAGUUGAUAACUAUGGUGCCCGGGUUCGAGGAAUUACCAAGUCAUUGAAUGCCAAAGAAAAAUUGGUAUUUGUCGAUGGCUCCUUACCACCUCCAGAAGAUGAUCUCACCCAUCGCUGCUGGAAACGUUGUGACGACCUAGUGGGAAGUUGGAUUCUCAAUUCUGUCCAUCCAGACAUCCGUGCAAGCUGUCUCUAUACAGCUUCUUCUCAUGAUAUAUGGAAGGACUUGCAGGUAAGGUUUUGUGUAUCCAAUGCUCCAAUUCUAUUUCAUCUGAAAUCAACAAUUGCUUCCAUCAAGCAGGAAUCUACGCAUGUUUCACUCUACUAUACAAAAAUAAAAACACUUUGGGACCAGUAUGAUUCUCUGGUCGCUUCUAUGGAAGCUUGUAUUUGUGGUGCUGGAAAGCACAUGUUGGAAAGGCUGGAGAGAGAUCGUUCCAUGGAGUUUUUGCAGGGUCUCCACGACAGGUUCUCCAAUCUUCGCAGUCAAAUACUGACUAUGGAACCCUUCCCUAUUGCUCUGCGCAUCUUCAACCUGGUUCAACAGGAAGAAGAACAACAACACAUAACUACUGCUUCCUUGCCAACUGUUGACGCUGCUGCUCUCAAUUCUAAUCGGAACUUUCCAUCAACCUCUCGUGCUCCCGUAAGCCAUAACAAACGUCAGCGCCCACACUACGAUUACUGCAACAGACACGGCCACGUUCGAGAUAAAUGCUACCGUCUCCAUGAUUUCCCUACCACCAACAGCUCUCUGCCUCCAGCCAACAAUACUCUGCCACUUGUUUUUGCUGCUACAGCCGUGCCAACUGACACAUCUUCCAUUCAACCAGCUAUUCCAUCUUUGUCCGCGGAUCAAUAUGCACGUCUCCUAGCUCUCAUCAGUCCUUAG